ACCACCCUCCCUCCUCCCUACGUACCCGAGAAGACAAACGUUCUACCCGGCGAUGCGUCUCCUGCUCCCCCACAUCGACUCGAGCUCGUCCGGCGUACGGCUCAGGAGGUGGCCCUGGCCAAACACUAUACAUCGACAUACUCAACAUCUCUAAAGAGAGCACAGGACGCUCAGAACUGCUCCCACUAAGGCCCUCAGAUGCUAAGCAGAAGGAGGAUGUGGGGGAUUUUGCUGCCGUCGCUUACUUUGUUCUCAAGAACAGGUGUCCAGAGAGGGGAAGCCUAACAGUGGCCGAGGUGAACCAGUAUCUGGAUGACCUGGCUCAGUCCAACGUGAAGAAGGAUAGACCGGGCGUAAAGAAGGCACUGCAGCUGCUGUUGAGAAACACAAGUGCCGUUGAACAGAAAUGGCUCAUUAGGAUCAUCCUCAAGGAUCUGAAGACUGGGAUGAGUGAGAAUUCUGUGUUCAGUGUAUUUCAUCCAGACGCCAGCGAACUAUUCACAGUCUGCAGCAGCCUUGAGAAAGUGUGUAGUGACCUUCGCGACCCCAACACCAGGCUAACGAAGCCGCCAUUGACUACUUCACUCCGUUCAGACCAAUGCUCGGCCAAAGAGCCACUAUCGACCAGGUGAUGAAGCUGAUGGACAACGGCCCAUUUUACCUGGAGACUAAGUUCGAUGGAGACAGGAUACAGCUGCACCGACAGGGAAACUCUUACCGCUACUUUUCUCGAAGCUCUAAGGACUAUACGACCUCCUUCGGUGCAAGUCCAUAUGAGGGCAGCUUCACUCCUAUGAUACACGAUGCCUUCAACAGGUAUUAUACACACAUACACACCUUCUAUGCAAGUCCAUAUGAGGGCAGCUUCACUCCUAUGAUACACGAUGCCUUCAACAGGUAUUAUACCCACAUACACACCUUCUAUGCACUAUCAUACGUCAUAUGGUGUACGUAAUAUUAUACUGACAUCAUGCUACGAUUGUUGCGCAAGAGAUUGCCGAUUUCUUUUGCUGGCGUGUGCAGUCACAUUUAUUGCACUUGUGUCAACUCCACUCUAUCACACACUCAUCACGUGGAGAAUAGUAAAGUGAAAGGUUGUAUUCUGGACGGCGAGAUGGUUGGCUGGGACGCCGAAACCGAGAUUUUUCUGCCCAAAGGAGAUCACGUGGACGUCAAGACAAUCGGAAGAGACGAAGACAGUGGUAUAGGUUAAAUCUUAAUAGUAGAAGGAGAAAUGUUAUGAAGAAUAGAAGAAAAUGAGAUUAUACUACUAGAGUUAAGAAUAAACUCGGAUUAAUAUAAAAAGAAAGGAGCAAGAAGAAAGUGAUUCAGUAAAAUGACGCACAAGUUAAAAAUAGGAGAAAGUGACUAAUGACACAAACAUAGUUUAAAAAUAGAUAAGAAGAAAGUGACUCAGUGAAAUUACGCACACAAGUUUAAAAAUAGAAGAAAAAGUGCCUCAUGGAAUGGAGUAGAAGGAAAUGGGAAGUAAGUAGCUUAUAUGUAGCAUAGGUAGAAUGAUCAUGCCUUAUAUAGGUAUCCCUACAUCACAGCACGUCCAUGGUCAUGUGAUAAUCAUGUGAUACAUUAUGUAAUGUGAUAAUGCAGGCAUCCAGCAGUGUUUCGUGGUGUUUGACGUGCUGAUGGUGAACGACACUAACUUUGCCAACCGUCCCUUGAGUGAGAGAGCUGAACAACUCAAAAAGGUUUUCGAGCCAGUCAAGGGAUACAUACAUUUGGUGCACAGGAGAGGAGCUACCACAAAGGAGGAGGUCGUGACGGCUCUGAAUGAAGCAAUCGACCAGAGAGAGGAGGGACUCCUUGUCAAAAACCCCGCUUCGACCUACUGCCCUGACAAGAGAAAAGGAAGUGGUUGGGUGAAGAUUAAGCCAGAAUACGUCGAUUCUCUUAGCGACCAACUCGACGUUCUCAUAAUUGGCGGUUACUUCGGUGAAGGCAGGAGGGCAGGAAUGGUGUCUCAUUUUCUCUGCGGGGUUGCAGUCCCUCCGGGAAUGCCGGGCGACAAACCGAGCAUAUUUCAAUCAUUCUGCAAGGUGGGGUCAGGGUACACGCUGACGGAGCUACGAGAUCUGGGGCUGAAACUGAAGCCCCACUGGCAGAAGUUCGACGGGAAGAGAGUGCCGGACUGUCUGGCUCUCCCCGCCGGGAGCAGGGAGAAGCCAGAUGUCUGGAUACCACCCUCGAAAUCCUGCAUCGUACAGAUUAGGGCUGCCGAGAUUGUUACCUCUGAGAGGUAUAGGACUGGCUGCACACUGAGGUUUCCACGAGUGGAGAAAGUGAGAGCCGACAAGGAAUACUUUGACUGUAUGACUACUGACGAGCUGGAACAGCUGAAAAACAUGGCAUCAGGUCGACUGGCACACAGUCACUAUGACGACGAGGCUGAUGGGGGCGUGGCUCCGGGGAAGAAGAAGCGAAGGGCGCUGGGGGUCAGAGUUGAGAGGCCAAAGGGCGUGGCAGCUAACUUCAGACCGACGGACACCUCAGACAUACAAGAGGUGUCGAGUAUGUUUGGAGGACGUGAGUUUUGUGUUGUGAACGGUACCCGGGACUUCAGCAAAGAAGAGAUGGAGAAGAAAAUUGUUGAGCAUGGAGGAUGUCUGGUACAGAACCCUGGAAGUGAAACCUACUGCGUUCUUGUGGCUAGACUGAUUGUCCGUGCCAGCAGCAUAAUCAGCACUGGGCUCUAUGAUGUGGUGAAGGCCUCGUGGCUCUCGGAGUGUCUGGAAACGCAGCAGUUCCUGUCAUUUGAGCCUCGGCACAUGAUAUCUGCCAGUCCACACACAACAGCCAAAUUUGCAGAGCUCUAUGAUCAGUAUGGUGACAGCUACACUGAUGAUGUGACAGAAGAGGGGCUGAGAGAGAUCUUCAUGAAAGUUGCAGAGAUAGGUGGAGAAAGGUUAAGAGUAACUCGGGAAGAAAUAGCAGAAAUGGAGAGUCGGUAUUUUCCCAACAGCAGUCCUGGAGGGCUAUUCAGGCAGUGCAAGGUGUAUCUGGACAGAUAUUCAACAGUGGGCAAACAAGAGACUGCAAUAGAAGCUUGUCCUCUGGAGCUGACUGGGCUGGAGCUGCAAAUGUAUGGAGCUGAGGUGGCACGUGACUUUGAUGAAACUGUCACACACGUCGUUUUCGACAAAGAUGAUUUGAGGCGCAUCCCAGAGCUACGCAGACUGGAACGGAAUCACGCCAAGAAGCACCAUUUUGUCACAAUGGAAUGGGUUCGAGACUCAAUCGAAUACCCUCCAAAGAGCAACUGGUUGUGUCAACCACUACAUACAUCGGGCCAGACCAACUCUUGUGCCCAGGACUUUUCGUAUGCCUCCCCAGAGAAUCGUGUAUUGGGGCGUGCUCACUCGAGCAACUCAGUGGUAACUCGAUGAAUGAUGAUGUAGAUGAUGUAGAGGAAGAGGGAUUUGCACACAUAUCAUACCAGUGCAGUGAAGAUCAGCUGAUGGGAGCAAACAGAAAGGAUUCCCAACAUCUGAAACUGUGUACGGGGCUGCAACAAGUUCUACCCAACCUGUCGUCCUACAAAACGAGGGACGGAAAGUUCUGCAACGACUCGGGAUUCAGUGAAAUUAUCUGCACUGGAUUGCUCAAUGCGCUCGCGCCAGGCAGCACUGCACUUCAGACCCAGAAUUCUCUCGGGGACCCCAAAGAGUCUGCCAGUGACACUAUUCAGCGUGAUUCCCAGCUAACCAAUGACAGUGGGAUCUUACUGCACGGUCACCAGUACACCCAGCAGGAGAGGAGCAAACUAUAUCGACCUCCCACCACCUCUCGUUCCGACAUCACUUUGCCACGCAAUCUGUCGCACAACUUGCAUCAAGAGACAGACACUGUCACCCAUGAAGAUAGGGACGAACUAGUCAUGGCAGGCGGAGACCACAGAAUUCAAGACGCAGCUCCCACCGAUAAGUUGGUGGUAUCAAAACAACGCCCCCUGGAUGUGGUUGGAUUUUGCCCCGAGGACGAGAUUGUCAUGUCCACGAUGUCACUUCACUCGCCCCUCACCCUCGCCUCCCACAAAGCCGACAGACUCACAAUCGAUAGGAGGCAUUCUGACAUCCGGAUUUUCUCAUGCAAUGUGCCAUGUGACUAAUGCAUUUUUUCACUUUUUGUGUUUCUAGCUGUAUUUUUUUGGUGUUCACCGUUAU